ACACUGUCCUUCAAACACUUUAAGACAAUCCACAGUAUUUAAAAUCAGUGAUGAUACGCAGACAUUGCCAAGGCUUGACAUUCAUGAGGACGCUGGUUGUGAAUUAACAGAGGUGCGGCAGAAUCGACUCAUUUCUUCGAGGGUCAAGACAACGAAUCUAAAAGGAUAAAAGCCCGUUUUCUCCAGUCAACGUAAUGCAAAGCACUUCCUCGGUUCAUUUCCACACAAUUCAACUCCACGUUUCGAUAGUGAAAGUACAAGAGUGGGGGAGUCUUCUUGUACCAUUGACCCUGUAAUUCCAACGAGACCAAAAGUUACACACAUUGACAUUUGGGAUUUGCUCCAAUGGAGGACUCUGAGACUGACUUGACUUCGUCUGAACCGGAUGCACUUGGGGCAGACUUCAUCACAGUGGAACUGGAUACCCAACCCAUAGAAUAUGUUGUCAAGUGGGCAGAGGUCGGGUCCAAGUUCACAAUAUCCUGUGUGAAAAAGGAGGCGGACGAGGGGUCUGGCCUAAAUCUGGAGCAUGUGAAGGCAGGGCCAGACGAGCCCUUCUUUGCCCAGUAUGAAGAGGAGUUCCCUGGCUGUGAGAUAGCAGAACAGAGUGUUGUAGUAAAGACGGACGACUCGGAUGAGGAUGACCACACUGAGCCAGGGAGUAGCCAGCUGGUUCCUGUUGGAGAUGGCUCUGAUUCGGGCUCAGAGAAAUGGGAAUAUAUUUCACCAGGGGGAUACUACAGCUGCAACUACUGUGGGAAAUGCUACAGUCAUUCCUCAAGCCUAUCAAGACACCAACAAUUGCACACAGGAAAGGCACCCCCACCCCCAAACAAGCAAACAGAUACAGGGUCAGGUGAGGGGAACAAAUACAAAUGCACGCAGUGUGCAAUGCGAUUCAAAAGCAGAAGAGCUCUUGGAACUCACCUGAGAACACACCGGGGCAUGAGAGUUUACCCAUGCAACAUCUGUGGGAAGGAUUUUAACCACAGCUCCAGCUUGUCGCGUCAUAGGCUUAUCCACAAAAAAGGGAAGGGUAUUCCCUCUGGUGUCAUACCUGCUGAAAUCAGUUAUGUCCGCCGCCCACCUGGCAGCAGGAAAAAGAAGAAGCAGGUUGAUGAGAAGAAGAUCCCUGGCGAAAAGAAGUUUCCUAUCAGGAAGAACCUCUCUGGAGAGAAAUUCUACGCGUGUACACAAUGUGAUAUGACCUUCAAGAACUCCAUUGGCCUCUCAAAACACCAGGUCUCUCAUGUCAAGGACCUGCUUAAUAACUAUGCCCACGGUAAAGACGGUCUUACCAAGUCCUCUGACUUGAAAAUACGCCUCAAGUUGUGCUCGAGGGACAAACCCAACUUCUACACCCUCUGUAAGAAGAACAAGCGAUCAAGAGCUGCCAAGCGCCAGCGCCAAGCAUCGGUCUCUGAGGAAGAGGAAGGACCAUAUGCAUGCGAGCAGUGUGACAAGCGCUUCAGCCAAGUGCAGAGCCUCGCCAGGCACCAGCAAAUGCACAAGGGAGACAACAAGUUCAGCUGCUCUUACUGUAAAAAGACCUUCACCAGAUUGUCCAACCUCCACCACCAUGAGAGAUCUCACUCCACAGGGGGGAAGUAUGAAUGCACAACCUGCAGCAAGACAUUUGUGCACUCGUCCAGCUACUCCAGGCAUAAGCGGCAGCACGCAGAGGAGGCGGCCCGCCAGCGGAAGGGCAUAGAUGAGAUGGAGCCACUUGAUUCAGACUCUGAGUGAGCACACUCGCGGUCGGCUCUUGACUGCCCACACUCAGCUGUCAACUCUGGGUUUCAGGGGUUGGGAGGUUUGGGGGGGAUUUGGUUUGGGACUGGAAUUGGCUUUACUCUUGAGUAUAUAAAGUGUGUAAUGACUUAUGUUUGUAUGGUAUCAGCAAAUUGGAUCUUGGGUUCCCCACCCCCUUCCCCCUCAUACACAUUUUACCUAAAUUGCACUGACAAUGUUGUCCUCUGCUGCUCAUGCAAAACAUAUUUUGAUUUAUUUUGUUGAAAUUCCCUUUUGGCCAUGUUUCGUUACAGGUUUAGGGUAAAAGUGUUCCUAGAGUCUCGCCAGCUGUGUAGUAUAUCGGCCAUGUCAAGAUAUCACCCUUACCACACACACACACAUCAGAAAACUGCUAUAAAAUGCUUCUGAUAUCGAGUAUACACCCUUUUCUGUAUGUAAUCUUUUUUUCUUUUCUUUUUUAUCUCUGAUGUGACAAAGGGUCAAAAUGAAAACCUUGCCAUCAAACUAAAUCUGGAUUUGACCUCAGUGGAUUAAUCUGAUGUCUGCACUACGCCACAUACAGUCUCUGGUUCAAUCAAGCUUCUAUGGUUUAGCCUCUGAUUUGUAUCUGUUCAUGCAAGUAAUCUCUGAUGCUGAAAAAACAACGAAGAACUUUGAGGAAAAAACAAAGGGAGGUUGAUUGAAUUUCAGGCAUCGCCAGUAAAUGUGCUAAUUAUUAAUCCUUCAAUCAGAAAACUGCGUUCUUUUCCUGUCCCCUACUCCACAUCACUUGAUUAAUGAUCUUAUUGACACACAGUGGUGAAAUGAAAAGACAAUAUUUAUUUCUACAUGUUUGGGAUAAUUGAUUUGUAUCUUUUUUUGAAAACUGCUAGUGUUGAGUGAUCAACCAAGUUCUCAAUUAGUUUUAUUCUACUACACAGUGUUCAGAUGAAUGUUCAGAUUGUUGAUUUAAAGGAUUUGUCCAAAUAUUAAGUCCAGUCAGAUCCUUAGAACUUGAAUAUGCUAUAUUUGAUAUUUGUCAACAUAUACUGCAAUUACCACAACGUAUACAACUGUGACUCCAUAUAUAUGUAUGCAUGAUGAAUAUAACAUGAGAAUAGUUUACAAUAUAUGUCGUUUUUACAUCUGCUGUUCCUGUGUGUGUAAAGCAUUGCUUUUGUGAAAGUGAGAAUAAUUGAGAUAUUUAAUAUGUGCAGUGCAUUUUGACAAAAACACUCAAAUAUUCCUGGGAUUAGGGAUUUAAUAUUUUGUUCAAGUAUUUGUUUAUUGAGGUUGUAGGGGAAACUGCACAACUUAUUUAUGAAUUGGGAACAAAGGUGCAAUUGAAAUGGUAGUGAAUGUGAUUCACAUCCAUGGCCAUCGUUGAAAACAACUUUUAGGUGGCAACACCUUCCCCAUUUGCCACCAAAGUUCCACCUUUUCAGGUGUACCUUUUCAAAAUCUAUUACCAUUCACAGAAAUAUUAUCAAGUGCUGUCAACUACUUACUGUGUAUCUCCAUAAUGCUUGUAUACAUGCAUAGCCAGAUGGAUUUCCUUUUCCAGCUAAACUGUUCAAUUAUCUGUUCAAAGUGCUUAACUAGUCUCCUGUUCAAUGUUUUGUAUUUGCUUUAAGCACAACCAGGGUACUCUGAACAAUGGUCAACACUUGAUUUUGUGAAUACCAUUUACUGUUUGAAUUGGUAUUUUAUUUGUGACUUCUGACCUAUAUUUCUUUGAGUGUUUGAAAAUGACACCUAGGGAAAGUGUAGUGGCAUGUAUCAGGCACAGACCCAGUCUAUUGCACCCACAAUGAUAAUUGAAGAUGGAACAAUUAUGAUAAAGGCUUGGUACUUUCUCUGUAUUUACGUUACUAAAUGUUUUUUUUUAAGAGCUAGAUUCCCCUGCUUCCCUUAAACCUUAGUUGAGUCAGGUUAAAUAUAGUUUUGCAUUUUUGUUGUUGUUUGUGGUUCUGGCCUUUUUCUCCAAUGGCAAAUGUUCUUCUCUCUUAUUUUUCAGCAAUCUCAGCUUUUUGAAUUCUGAAACUCAUUGUUUUCUUUUUCGCUGUCAUUAUUUAAUUUUUUGAUGCAGCGGACCUACAUCCUAUAGAGAGGUGUAUGUUUUUUGUAUUGUGUUUGCCAUUAGAAUACAGUUGACAUGUUUUGUCUUGCGUUUUGGUAAUAAACCUUUCAUGAAAAAAAAACGGUC